UGUCCCGCCGUCCUCUCAGCAGCAGCAUGCCGGACGUCAGGCUGUGCCUGGAGGCCGUCUCCGCGCUCCUGGGCUGCAGAGCCGAAGCGACCACCGGAAGCUCCCAGUUCACCCCGCAGGACCUGGUCAACGUCGUGGCCCUCAAAGAGUUUUACAAGCAGGAGGGCUUUCAGGAGCUGGAGUACCCGAGCCUGGGGACGCUGUCUCUGCGCGACUUAGACGAAGCCGACAUGUACAGCUCCCCCGCGGCCCUGGAGGCGCCGCCCGAGAGCUUCCAGCUCACCGUGGAAAUCAACACGGAGAACUUCUUCCAUCCUCAGUACGACUACGACUUCACCAACGUAAAGGAUGGAGAUAAGAAGUUCACGCGUGGUAACGAGCAGUACAUCCGCCCCUGCGGGUGGAACCGCGUCGCCCUGCGGGUCGUGCAGAAGUACGGCGACGGGGACAAGUGGCUGGGGACGGGGCAGGACGCCUGGCCCGUGUCCUACCAGGGCAAAGGCAUGGAUGGGUCCCUCAUCCUGACCCACGGCGGCAAGCCCGACGACCAGCCGCAGUUUCUGGACGCCGCCGCCGCCUCUUUGUUAACGGAAGAGACGAAGGGCCGAGGGGUGUACUCCACGCCGGACAUGGGGAUCGCAGAGAAGUACUGCAAGAAGUUCAAGUCCAGAGUGGACGGGAAGACGUACCAGGUGGUCCUCCAGAACCGCAUCAACCCGGAAAAAAGGAAGCGGUGCCAGAGGCAAGGCGUCUGGGUGGUGUACAUCCCCGAGGACAGCAGCGACGUGAGGGUGAGGGCCAUCGUGCAGGAGUCCGUCCGCCCGUACGGGCUGCUGCUGAAGCAGGUGUGACGCAGCUGGAACGACCGGCCGUCACUUCAGGGUUUUCACAUCGUUAACAAAAAACUGAGAACAUGCUUCAAAUUCCCAACAGUGGGACUAAUAAACGUAUCCUAUCUUAUCUUAUGCUU